AACUUACAAUUCGGCGAGUACCAGCGGCACCGACCAGGGUAGCCUACGAUUGGUAGUGACCUUGUUUGGCAUAUGAAUGUGCCCUCGUGCCGCCGCUACGUGUCGCCGCAAAAAUGGAAGGCCCAGGGAGGUGACAAAAUGACUACAUUUGCUACCCUUGGAAAAUAGUAAGAGGGUUUAUUCCUGGCUGUGAGCUGCUGUCUCGCUCAUCAAGAGGAGGCAAUCCCUAGGCAAAGAAAAUGAUUAACCGAGAAGUGCUUGCAAAAGCGACCCUCAACAAUGUGUCGUCGAGACAAGUUCCAACUCGCACCGAGAUUCGCCUGCCACCUUCUGGCACUUCCUUUACAAGCACACCCGUUCCAGUUCAGAUGACUAGAAAUAAUCACGUGACUGUCACGCUGGAUGGCACAACGAGUGUGCGAAACUUGUUGCAACAACACGCUCGGCCAUACGAUGACUCGCUUCUUCGACGUCAGCUGAACAAAACUGCCGUGGGUCCAGCUGCAGCAAUAGGAACAGCAGCUGCAUCUAGCAAGGGCCAACCUGUCACCGAGAAGAGCCUACUUGCCCAGCACCUAACGCAGAGAAAUAACGAGCCAAAUGUCGUUCAUUUAGCCCCCAAUGAAAAAGUGCGAGUAUUGAGAACAUCGGGUGGGACAGUUACAGUACGCUCGCUGAGCCCAGUGUCUACGCCCAUCAGGGUACAUACAGAACAAGUUAGGCCGCCUCGUAGCACAGUUCAGACGGAACCACCUAGGGCACCUCCCCGUAGCAUAGAACAUGCUAUCCCCAGUAUCCCGGAGCAGAGGAGGGCACCAUCAUCAUCACCUGUCAUGAAUGCACUGAAUAAUGUACCACGCAGAAUAUUACCCAAGCCCGUGCAUAGCCUGUCCUUCGUGGCCAAUGGCGGCCGUAUACAUCAGCAUCCAUCUGUGGCCUCCGUUGUUCAGAAUGCAACCUCGAGAGUGAGGCACGUCGACCCUCCUGUUCAUGCCACUCCUAAUGACGUGAUCACCGGUCUCAAGAACAUGGCUGUAGUUCAUCCCCAGGUGCGGCCUGCCAUGUCUAUUAAACCCAUUGCCAGUGAUGAACCAGCGAAAGGCGUGCAGCUGUCUAAGACGGCCAUUCAAAAUAUGGCUGCCAAUGUGGCACAAAAAAUUGCACAGCCAAGCACCACAGCAGUUGCUGCUGCUGCUGCCGAGCAGAGGGCCCUUUUAGAGCCAAAUCGAGUUGUCCCGGUGUCAAUCCAGCGAAGUGUUCCCCGACCUGAUGUACAACGGGUAGAUGAAGAUGAAGGCAGGAAGUCCAAAAUGAUUAUUGUGGAUCUCACAGAACCCAUAGAGACUUCUCCAACUACCAAGCAAGGUUCAGCAACUGUAGGCAUCCCAGCCGAGACCACAUUGUCAACACGUCCCUCUGUGACAGAUGAGCCGCUUCCACUUGAGGCGGGCUGCCUCCAAGUGCCAUCAGGCCUCAAAGUGGACUUUAUCAACUUAGACGACUUGUUAAUAGGCGACCUAAGCUAUCUAGCCAAGUACUUUGGCCUGAGCAUACUGGAGCCCCUGUCUAUGGACGAUAUUGCCAACAAGGGACUGUCGGAGUGGAUAGAUAUCUCAGAUGAGGCCGAAGUGGAGAAAGCAUUUGUGGAGCUGAAGGCUCUUAAUGGGAGCAGCGGUCAGCAGCUUUGCUGGUCUAAUCGAAUGACACCAGAAAGUUCAGACAUCGCAUAUCCCAUCAUAGUACCUGAAUAUGAAGAGCUCGAGACCUCUAAUCUCCCAGCUGAUGCCACUACACCUGCAACAACAGUGAAAACAGCUGACGGAAAGGCAUCUCCAGCCGGCACUAGCCAUAGUCCAAGGGGCACCAAAGAAGGCACCACUAAGAGCCCCCUCAUCUUGAUCAUCAAGAAGGGAGCCAACAGCAGUGCCUCAAGUCCAGCAUGGCAGCUGUCUCCAUGCAAGAGUAGCCCCGCAAAAGACGAAAAAGAGGAGUCCAAGACACUUUUCUGCACUGCGUUGAACCUGUUACCAAGUUCAGGAGAGCAGCUGAAGAAGAUGCGCAAGGGAAAGUCGGCCCGUGCUCUAGCUGUGCUCAAAGACAAAGUGAUGUCGGAGUACCUUAAGAACCAUUUUGUGCCACUGCAUCGUGUGCAGGGAAUGUACCGGUAUUUGUUCAAGAAGGGGCACCUACGGGAGGGCAAGUUGACAUAUGCCUGUGAAGUUUACCGGAACCUACGAAGUCGAGAGAACCGGCCAAGGGCAUCUAUGGUCAUCUCGCGGUACGACGAGGAAGACUUCACUCCCAAAAAGAAUCAACCAGCAUCUCCAGGCCUUCUUUGGCACUUGAAGAAGAAAGUUACCCCCAAAUAUGAAAGGGACGAGGAUUACGUCCCGAGAAAAAGUCAAGCCAAUGGCCAGAAACUUCGGCGCAGCCUGUGGGGCCGGCCAAAAGGCUCCUGGAGGACUGCGGCAGCUAACAGCGACGCCAGCAGCAAUAGCAGCACCCCGUCUGUGGAAGCUACCCCAGGCAGUCUAACCGUUUACUGCACACCGCUGUACAAGCUGGAGGCAGGCAACUGGACUCCCAAGUGUUCCGCAGACGACUCUAGUCGAUGGGACAUCUGGGUCUCUGAGAACUCGCUCGAGAACAAGAUGUCACGUCCUAUUCCAAUGGUGGUCCUGACCAGGAUUGAAGACAGUGCUGCUGAUUCUGCAGGGACUUCCAAGGUUGAGUCGCCACAGCGCACAGUGGUGUCUGAGUUGUUCUGCAGCCAGUGUUCGUACAGCUGUCUGAACAAACCUUCCCUAGUGAACCACUUCUCUUCCAAGCACGAGGGAACAGAUGUCUCCUUUAAGACUGUGGUCAUGAAGUGCCGCAUAAACAGGAGUGAAUCUGCUGCUAAAGGUCCGUCUACGUGACCGAUGAAAAGGAAAAAAGGUGAACCUGCGCUCUCUCUGCCGGCGCAAUGCAUCAGCAGCGGCACGACUAUAGCCGGCACGCCUUCCCCUGGUGCUUGUGGAGCAGGUGUCUGAGUUGCCUGUUGUGUUCCACUACACUGCCAGUUAGCUAUUUAUGACAAAAGGACUGUCAAUCUGUGGGAUGUGUGCACCCUGAGAGAGGCACUGUAGGAUACGUGUUACUGUUGUUUCUUUUAUGCUGUUAAGCCACUCAUGUCUUAUGUAUAUUUUGAGCGUUAACAAUUUUCAUGGUCCUGUAGGCGCGUUUUCUACAACGACGUAAAUAAUUAAUGUAUUCUCGAUGCGUAGGCUCUAGCAGGGUUUUAUCUUUGUAGUGCGCUGUUACCGUAUUCAUAUAUACCGUUUCAAUUAUAGUGCGGUAGCAAGAGCCACUGUGUUGGCAAUAAGUUUUGUACGUAGUAAUUAACUGUUGAUUGGAGAUUCAUCAACCAUUGUGCAGAGCAAGUUUAAGAGCUCUGACGCAGCGGGGAUUGUAUAAUAGUACUACUGUCUCAUUUGUUUAAUUGUAUUACGCUUUUUAUGUAUGUGAAGCCACUCAUCCCUUCUGUAGCAUUUUCAGCUAAAUGAGUGUUAUUGGUACUGCAUCUUGAGUCAUGGGUGAAUUUCACUUGUGUUAUAUGCGGUCGGCUAUUUUCAUGGUAAUGUACAUUCUUACUGUAAAGAUCGUACAGCUGAGCUCUUCAGUAUUGCAACGUACUGCUUUCAGCAGAUCAUCCUUUCUUUUUUUUUUGCUUAUAGUGUUUUCGUAAUCGCCAAAUGUAGGCCAGUUGUCCCAGUUUGUGGAAAAUGAACAAGUCUGUCUGAAAGGAAUCGGUUGAAUUUACCUGCAAGAAGUUGAGCACUACUCUUUCAACCUUAAAUUAUGUCCUUGCAUUGGUAGCGUUCAGCCUGAGGCUACCAGUUGGGUCAACUGGUGAAAAGCUACUGGUAUCGCCAUGUCAUCAGCAAAACAUACAUAACAGUGACUACUGCAAUGACCACCCGGUCGAAUCGUCAUCAGUCGUAAAGAUUUCACAUGAGAAAACACUGGUGAGGAAAACGUUGAGAGCUGACGUGGUAUUCACGUUGUUUGGCUAACAUACUGUGUUUGCAUUAAUCUACCAUGGGCACCGCCCUUUUGCAAAAUUGAAAAAUAAAAAUUGCAAUAAAUGUGUUUAAAAGUGGCACUAAUACACCUUGCAUGGGCAGCUGUGAACUUCCUUGUGAUGACUGUUCCUUUGGCGUAACGGGGCAUGGCACUUCAUAAUGGAGUCCUGUUUUGUAAAAUUUGGAUGGGGUGACAAUACUUGGAUGGGGUGACUUUUCAAGGGCUUCUACACCAGUUCUGGGCAUUGCAAACAAACAAGCAUUGUGUGCAGAUGAUGUGGUGGUGACCGUGCCUGCCAAGUAUGAUGCAGUUUCGUGAUGUCAGAAUAGUUGAAAUGCCAAACAGCACAUCGGAAACACUUACUCUUGAAGGAGCCCCUCUUUGAGCAACAAGAUCACAGAUGCCCCCUUGCAGCAUACACUGCUUGCAGCAUCACCAACUAUCAUCUCCAGUAACGGUGAGCACCGUGCUUUAGAAGCAAUUUUUUUUAUUUCUGGGUGGAUUUUUUUUUAAACUUACACAGCUCAUGCAUGUUUAUGUCCCAAUUUCAACUAUCCAAUUAUUUUUCAAGUACAAUAUGCAGUUCUUAAAAUAACAGACAUUUCAUUUCCCUUAUUCGGAGCAAGAUUCUCUUCUAAACUGUGAGAGUUACGAAGCAAAUCAGCUACCACAAUAAUCUGGAAUGAAAACUAUAUGCAGUAAAACAAGAGUGGAUAUUCUAAGCCUACUUUAACAAAAUUUAAAUUAUGUUGAACUUCAGCAAGCGAAUUCCCAGCCUGAAAUCCCAGCAGGGUCUCCCGUUAAUCAUCUGACGAUUCAAAACACAAUGCUGCCACUGGAAAUACACUGCAAAGCAAAUUGCGAAGAGAAGAAAGCGCAAGUAGGUGGGGCUCAUCACGCUAACAAUGACACGCUCCUGUGACUACGGCACAUAGGAGAACGCAGGGAAGGAAUGCCGCUUUAAACACUUGCCAGGACAAAGGCAAAGAGUAUCUGCAUUGGCAGCGAAGCCCAUCUCAUGACAGCAUGGUAGUGGAACACUUCACUUUUUUUCUAACAAUUCAAUUUGACAAAAACCCUAUCAAGAACACUCGUGAAGCUCUUAUGCAUUCGUCUAGACGACUCGAAGGCGAAAGCCAUCGUCAUCAUCGGAGCUUGAGAGGUCACAUGUUUUUGUGCCGCAUGCCACAUUUUCAAGGCCAGUAUCUUCGUAGAUACUGUGGCUGAUGAUGAUCAGUUACAGCUCAACUCAGCUUAUGCAACGAGUAAUGCAAUUCUACUCUUCUGCCACGCAAUAUUACAUUUGUUAACAUGACUCCUUACCUGACAUGAUGACUGCAUGGGGUCUUUUACCGAAGCGGUUUCAAGCACUGGUGUGACUCUGUGGUAGAAUACUUGACUGCCACACAGAAUGCCUGGGUUCUCUCUAAAGCAUUAGCAGCAAGGUAACAGUGAGCGCAUUCAUACUUGGCAAAGAAAGUGGAGGAUAGUAACCAAGUGCUAUGUUUCAUUGGCUUAACCCACUGUGGUAGCUUAGCAGGUAACGUGUCGUGCUGCUAAGCUUGAGGGCGCGAGUUUGGUUCCCAGCCACGAUGGCCACAUUUUGCUGCAGGUAAAAUCUAAGGACACCUGUGUACUUAGACUGAGGGUGCACAUUAAAGAACCCCAGGUGGUAAAAAUUAUGUGUGCCUCAUAAUCAUAUUAUGAUUUUGGCACGUAAAUUAUUCUUACAUCAUCGAGUUGUAUAGACAUGUUACUUUUCUAGGGCACUUGCCACUUAUGUUCACCUGUUACUGACCAUAGUUGCUACUACGAAGACACAAACAUGAUUGCGUACCUAAAAAAUGAAAGUUGAUAUAAUUAGUUUAUGUGAGAUGUGGCAUUGCAGUUAGAUUUCCAGCAUCUUCAGAAUAAAGAAAAGCAUAAAGCUCAGCAUUUUUUUUUCUCCAACAUUGUAUACUACCAUUCUUCAAGGAGGCUAAAAACUAAACUCAGAGCUGGGCUUGAAGCGAACUGAAUCGGCACUCCGUUUCUGAAACUCGACUGUCUGCACCAUUUAAACUCCAUACCAUCACCGUCAGUUACCCUUCAUUACCUCAAAGACACACUGUUACUUUUGUGUUGUGAAUCUCAAGUUAUCUGCCACAUUUUUUUUUUAAGGAAAUUAUGCAUAAGCACUACUAAAAAUUUUGCAAGUCAAGACUGCAACCAGUGCCAGCCUCCAGGGAAACUACCAGCUGCGAGUACAUCAAUAUUUUAAAAUAAAAUGAUUGUCCUCAGAAAUGGUUUUUUAAAAUGCGCAAAUUUACUAUUUGAACUUGUUUGCACAGACGAUCUCCCCAUGGAAAGAAAUUUUCUGUGGGCAAAAUCAAGUGACACUUGAAGGAGGCCUUAAAAAACUGCAUUCAUAACACAGUCCCCCUGUCUUUUUUUUAAAGAAGCUGAUUACGCUUGAAACCUCAUGUUAUAUUCAUGCAUCAGUAUGUUGCCAAACACCCUCAGAUUUGUAGCAAGGUUUGAAAUGCAUGCUGUACCAAAUAUAGUGACACCCUAAAAAUUCUGGACAAUCUCUGUCCACAUAGCCGCACAUCUUUUAUAGUCUGUGCCUCUGCAUUUGAAACUAUUGCCUCAGGGAUAUAAAAUAACUUAAUUGGCUAAUUCAUUUAAACGUUGAUCUUGUCUUUUUUUGUUUGUUUGUUUCUUUUUAAAAGACUAAACAGGACUUUCAACAGAUAGUGUAGUAGUAAAGCUUGACCUAGAUUACUCCAAGAGGUUGACAUUAGUUGCAUGAAUAUCGACAAGCACAAUAAACUAAUGAACAACAUUUCAACAAUUAAGCAUUCAAAUAAUUGCAAGCUGUGAAAUGUACAAAGUGUAGCUAAUUUAUUAAUUUGCAAGGUGAAUUCAGUAAAUUGCAAGGUGGACCCAGUGAGUUCUCAGUAUAACACCAGUUCCAAGAUAUCAAUUCAUCAAGUUUGCAACGAAAUACAGUGGUGAUAGAGUUUACUUCGGUGGUUUUAUGCAUGAGGCAGCAUUUUGCUGAAAAAGCAAGCAAGUCAAAAACAUUGUGGUUUUCACCACAAGUGUGACAGCACAUAACUUAAAGCCAGUUCCAUACCUGUGUGUUUAAAGUGGAUACACUUUGCCAACUUGCAAGCUACAAUUUCUGACUUAAAUUAUGUGCUGUAUAAUAAUUAUUUCAAUACUUUUUAGUAUUAACUAGUCAAACACGCAUUUGAAUCUAUUGUGCAUGCAAUGUUAACCUCUUCAAGUAAUCUAGUCCAAGAAUUAGAAAUGAGCUAUUUGAGAGAGGCAAUUUUUAAUUCUGCAUAGUUUUUAAAAAAUGCCCAAUAUACAAAUUCACUGUGAUUCAUGUGCAAGUGUAAUGUUACAUUGUUCGACAAAUUUCUUUCGUUGUAUGCACAGAUUCAUGUUCUCUCUCUGCAAGUUCUUGGAAAAGCACUUGUCUCAAUUCUGUUGGUACAGUGUUCUCAACUUUAAAUUUCUGACACUACAACACUCUUAUCGACAAGAUUUAUUUGCUUCAGGAGGGGUAGUGCUUUGUGUAAGUGCUCAAGCACACUCUGUAUAGGCUUGUUCAAGAACUGCACAUUCUUUCCAACAAGAAUUUUUUUCUCUGGGUUCAUUGCUAGUAGAGGCCAGGUUAUUAAGGCACAAGUCCACUUAUAAUGAUGCGUAUUCACAAUACCCAGAAUUCUGUUAGCUGUAACAUUUUUUUUAGCUUAACUUUGAAAGCCAUUUAGUCAAUAUGCUCCAGUGUUGUAAGUGCGGUCGUCCUUUUACUAUCUUGUCCGUUGGGCAACGAAGGCAAGAGGCUUGUAGCUAUCUGUUCUGAGGACUCAUUUCCAGAGUGUAGAAAAUUCUGUGUGGCCAAAAAAGUACUGCCAAUUUAUUUCACUAAUUUUAGACUACAAAUGAAAAAGGCACCAUGAGAUAAUGUUUCUAAGUUCAAAAAUUUUCGUGCUUGGUUUUAUUGGCACUUGGCAAAAGCAUGCAUCACAAUGAUCACAUCCACUUGCAUCCUGUUAAAGAAGUACUGACACAAUUUUGAGACAUCGCAAAAGGGACAUUUUUUGUUUCCUUGGUAUGCAGUGUCAACGCUGUCCACACACCGGAGUCUGAGAAUACGUAUAAAAUAUUUUAAUUUCACUUUAAAGUUCUCGUCGCUGAGCAUCUGGAAGCCAGCCCCACUGCAAUGGACAUUAUCCCGACGAGGCAAGACAGUUCCCUCGAGUUCGCGAGUUCUGCGUCCUGCACACAGCCUAAAUUGUAGAUACCACUGUCAGGGUAACUGGACGACAAUUCACUCAUCGUUGUUUAUGUGCACCACGAGCAGAUGACGGAUUUGCCACUAGUACGCCACGAGUUUUUGUAUCCCCAUGACGUCGUGCUGCUAUGAAACGUCACUGAGAAGCCGCCUCUUCGAUGUCGAAACCGAAAGUGUCUUUUUAAGGUAGCGGUAAUUAAAAUAUAUAGUACGAUGCAUUCCCAGGCACCACAAUACUCGUUUUAGGUUUCUCGACAUGAGUAUUUUUAUUUAGAGCAACAAUCCUAAAAUUUUUAAAAUUCAUGUCAGUACUCCUUUAAGCAGGUCAGAGUAAUUUUUAUUGCAUAAAAUUGAAAUCAGAAUCGCAACGUGUGCUUGGUUAGGUUCGCAUAUCUUCAAGUACAACAGCCCACAUUGCCACUCGCUAUCUUUUAAUUACACCAGCUACACUCCACUAACAACUGUUUCAAAAGUGGAAUUUCAUUGUUUUGUCUGAGUGGUGAUCUUGUGCCCAACACAAAAAAAAAAACAACGGCCAUUUAAACAGUGUCGAUACCUAAGUACUCAAAUGUAGUAGGCAACUAAAUUGUUGUCAGCCUCCAGGCCCGUAGCCAAGAAUUUUUUCCCGGGGUGGGGGGGUGGGGGGGCACAUGCUGAAAACCUUGGCUGCGUGAGAAAAACACCUAUUUUCAGUAUUUAUUUCUGGUAAAAACACCUACUUCACCAAAAUUUCGGGGGGGGGGGGGUGUCUAGCCCCCCCCCCCUCCCCCCCCCCGGCUACGGGCCUGUCAGCCUCAUAUGUUGAAUGUGGAGGGUUCUUGUUCGUAAUACAUGUAACAGCACAUUUUCUACGCCUUGCAGGCAUCUGCAAGUUCUUGCCCCAUGGCAUAAACUUGUCUACUUGUGCUUGUAGAUUACAUUGAUCAGAGCAAGAACUGUAGAAUACACAAGUGCAAUCAUCUGCAUGUAGUCUUACAUUCACAUUCAAAUCAUCAACGGUAUCAUUUAUUUUCGGGAGAAAGAUAGAACACCCUUAAGAAAUUUCCACGUGUAUGUUACCAUGAAGCACUUCACAUUUUUCAAUUACACUGUGAACAUGUUGACCCCUCCAACUAGACGCGUCUGCAUUUCAUGCUGAACCGAUUUGCACAAUGCUUUGCAUUAUGUUGACGUCAGCUAUAGUUGUGUCUGCUGUCUUCAUGAAUCGUAGUAGCAAUUACAAGAUUCUUUAAAGUGCAUUCAACAGUGGAAACCCCCACUGCAUGAAAUGCUUUCAACCAUGAUGAUAAUCUCAUGAGAGGAGUUUCAGCAUUGAUCUUUUUGAUAAUUGUUCUUGCAAGAACUGAUUUCGCUGCUCUGGCCUAUCAUUGUCACUGGUUUCUUAUCACGUGCUACGUCAUUGGUGGGCUGCACUGAAUCCCUUUUCUAUAAAUUUUUUCGCAAUUAUGUGUGACAGUUCCAGUUGGUUGCUGUUGCAUUGUGGAGAUGUGGGAAUGGAAACUUGAUCGUAUCCACAAAAGCCGCCAAUUUGGAAUUUAAGUUGUGACGUCACUGACACCAUCCGGCACAGAAUGCCAUUGACCUGCUGUGGCAACGACUUGAUGCAUCCUAGCUAGUUUUGCCACCUCAUUCACAGUAAAGUUUCUUCGGGACAGUGUUCUCUUGCUAAUGCAUAUACAUUUUUUCUUAAAUGUUCUCGUGCAUAUAUAAAAAUUCAUCUAUUGCACAGGUCUAUGCAGUAUCUGUGACGUUUACUUCAGGCCAUAGUGAUAAUAAUACUACAUACUGUGAACUACUAUCAGUAAUAGGACAUAUCAUACUUGUUGUAUUGAAGUAAUACAAGGCUGUUAGAAGUAUGUGUUAUGUUUCUUAAUAGCUUCUGUGUUUGCCUGCUCACAUAAGUAAAGAAAAAUAUAGUUGCACAAGUUAAAUGGCUCAAUCUAAUUGCAUAACAGGUGCGCAAGUUUCGUUUCGGUUGUGCGCUCUUGUUCAGUAAAGCUUCUGAUCGGUUUUGCCAUCUGUCAGAUGGCUGUGGCUCAAACCAUCACAGUCAUUGUAGGCACCAUGCGUGGCUUUUGUUUUACACUAUGUCAGCACUCCCCAAGGCAAUGGUUCAAUGGCUGUAUACUGGAACAAUUAGAAUAAGCAGCAUUUGUUUUGCCUUGACAGUGGCAUGCAAAUCUUGUUUUGUGUUAGAUGGCCUGCACUAGCUGUGAGGGAUCUUUUUCAUAGCAACAUCACUGAAGGAUUCUCGCACUCCUAUCGUAGGUGGCCAUUGAGCCCUUUCAAGAGGAACAUUUGAGAGUAAAAAUAUAAAAACUCUGGCAGAACUCCGGCAGGAAUUAGCCGCUAAAGCCUUUUAUCUCUAACUAAGUCAUGAAUAAUGUUUUCCCCCGGUGUCUACCUUUGUUUCUGUGGAUUUUGGUGCAUGGUGAACUUGUAUUCCCCAAAAUUUUUGUUCCAAGACACAGCCCUUUCUGCAUCCAUUUGCAGAUCAGUGCAGCUUUCCACAAGAUAUAUUUGUUAGUCCGGAGCAUAGUGAAGUGUGCGGGCAAUUGAGAGUGUAUACUCAAGGAGUGCAGCUACAUGGCUCAAGGGUUUAUGACGUAGUGUGUGUGUGUAACAUAAAACGUAGCACAGGACAAUGUCAGAAGUGUGAAUAACAAUUUGCUUCUGCUUCAGCCAGUCCAGGUGUGCUCCACCUGUGUGUGUUGUCUCCAGUGACAUUUCGUUGUUGAUAUCUUGUACUGUGGAAAUCCCGCCUUUUGUGGAACUGAAAUGCAAGGUUUUGAGUGGUGCCUGUUGCUAUGCGUAACGUGAAGCUCAUGGUUGGAGUAGGGCCGAGGGCUUUGGCAUGGCACCACAGCCUCACAGUGACCUGGUGCAGUGUGAUAGUGUGCAUUUAGAUGUGUUAGGCAGUGGAAACACAACGGUAAAUGGAGCAUAAUAACCGCAGUAUAUCUUGUCAAAACAUCUUAUUACACCUUGGCAUCGUGUACAUCUUUACAAAACGCUUUGACAAGAACUCUUGCACAGCUCGCAAAAUCAUUCUUUGCAAGACCGUGGCACCAGCGCACGAGACCUGUACCAACUGGAGAUGCAGCGUUUCUGACUCUUGUACUCGCAGCUUCUGGCAGUUAGGACAUUGCCAAGGUUGGAAAUAAGAUAACGUAUUAAAAGGGACACUAAAGGCAAAUAUGAAGUCAUGCUUAAAUCAUAGGCUUCAAGUGUUUAAGACGUCUAAGGCUUCAAUAUAUCGAGAAUAGCUUUAGCAAGUAAAAAAUUGAGGCAGGUGUUAGACACAAUUUGAGAACCUGCGGGAACAUUUUACUACUAUCCCAAUGACGUAAUGAUGCCUCUUUAUAUUGCGCCACUAGUAUUCAACUUCUGAUAAUAAAAAAAAGGCCUCUACACUUUGACUGUACAAAAUGCUACUUAUUUACUUCCCUUGGUCUCUGCAAAAACAACUCACUGACAUUUUCCUUGACAGAGACAUUAGUUUUCAAAAAGUUUGUUCUCGCUUGGCCUCAUAUUGUGUCACCUGCGCUUUGACAUAGUAAUUUCAAUAUCACAUAGUGCUGCAAUUGUUUUUCUGGCUUGCAAAGCCAAUACUAAUUGCUAUCAGAAGGAAAUGCCACAUCGCUGUGAUGCAUUAGCUUGGUUUCUGGCUGUGUUUUUGCAUGUUAUGCAGAAAACCGUAGUACUGGCUCUUGGGCACUGUUUUAUGCACCAGUGGCGGUAGGAGGUGGUGAUGACCUGUGCAGCGCUGUGCCAUCUUGCUCGUGUCAUGCAAUUUGUAUAGUGCAAAAGGAAUGUGGUACGUUCGGUCACAUUUUUUUUUUUUUUGAAAGUGAGUCCUUUCUUGGCACAAAACAAGUAGUGCAAGGUUUCUAAAAUGGCAUUCUGAAAGGCCUUCAUUUUCUCCAUAUUAGUCUUUAGUGUCUCUAUAAAGGGGUGUAUAGAAGAUAAGUAAAACUAGCUCAACAUUGAUCGUAACAAGCAAGCAUUGAAUGCUCGUGUCUUAAAUGUGGUGGGUGCUGUCUUGAAACUAGAUUACCACAGUCAUUUGAUAACUCUUCCUUGUAACAAAGCCUACUAUUCAAAGUAGCCGAAUCAUAGUGUGGGGUCGUUGGCUGAAGGCUAGAGGAGGCUAUUUUUCACGCAUACAUUCUAGCAGGCUGUUUAUAACCUUUCCUACAAUUGCAUUAAAGCAAGCAGCACAAGAAGUGCAUUUAAGAGAAGAGCACUGAACGCAACAAUACUUUUCGAUCUAAAACUGCUAUGAAGAAUGACCAAGCGCACAAGAAGUGCAUUUAAGAGAAGAGCAUUGAACGCAACAAUACUUUUCGAUCUAAAACUGCUAUGAAGAAUGACCAAAUACUGUGACCUGCUGUUUACGAGAUGCAUUCACAAACACCUGUGCAGUGUUUAUUAUUUACUAUAGUAAUCCAACUAAACCAUAUGGAUUCGGCAUAUUUUAGUAGUCUUUGGAUUGUAAAGAUUGUGGUCAUCGCUAGUAUAUUGCUUUUUUUGUUCUCUCAUAACACCGCAGCAGGAUCACGCAGCUCGGUGGAAUGAGCGUGCAUGGUAGCUGGUUGCAGCCAACAGUCAGUGCUUUACAAAACGAUACCGCAGCAUGUUGUGGCUACUCGGUAUGAUGUACCCACUAAUAAGGUUUCCAUAGACGUAUCGAAACCAGAAGAGUUAUUUGAUGAAGCAGUGCUAUUUAAAAAGAUCUCCUCCACCACCCAGGCUCUGCACUGAGAUGCCACUGUCAGGUCUGAGGGGUUCGAACGAGUCCACAGCUACUAAUAUGCAUUGAACUGCACUUGAAUGGCCGCGGUGAUGUGCUCCUCUUGCAUUGUGUUUCGCCAGUCCUCACCAAAACAGCCAUGGCUUGAAUACCUGUGCUUGUCAAGAUGGAAAUGUUUGAUAUUGUACAGUGAACGUUGUGCUGUUUGCCAGUCUUUUUAGAAGAGGUUCGCCAUUGCACAAUUUGUUGUCUGUUUGCAUUUGUUCACGUGGUAAGCCUCGACAAAGUGUACUGCAGCAAUUCUUGUAUUCUACCUAACAUGCUUUAAUUAUUAGUUUCUGUAGGCCACAGUGUGUUUGAUUCUUCACAUAUAUUGCUCACUUGAUUAUGUUCUUGCUUGUGAGUGCUUGUUUUAUUUUAGCCUGCUAGUUUACUGUAUAGCCUUGAAGUGUUGCUUUUGCUGUGUGUAUAUGAGGCAUUAUUUUUGUAUGUCUGUUUUCAUGAUAUGGGGUAAAUGAGCAGUGAACUGAGCUGGUGCACUUUCUCAACUCUUUUGAAGAACUUUUCUGUCAGAAAAUGGGCAGUUGAAUUUACAUGCGUGGUAGGUAGUUUCAGUUUGCACUCUCUUCGAAAGCGUUGUAUGUACAUAUACGUGCCACUUGCAGGCCAUUUUUUUCCCAGUCUCAUGUGACGGAUGCUUUGUAUAUAUUAAUCUAUUAUUGCCUUUUUUCCCCCUUUUUUUUUACAUGAUUUCUCUCACCAUUUUCUUUAGCUUAGUUUUGGUUGUACGCACAAACAUGCGAGAUGCUGGCAGAAAGUUGUGACAUAUGCAAUUAAGAAAAACAGUGCAAUGCUGUUGCCAUGACAACAAAUAGGUGCAUCAACGUGGCACAGUAAUUUUGUGUUUGGUCAUUACUUUGUUUAAAAUUCACGAGUAACAACAGUUCACCUGUUAUGUUCUGCAAACCUCAAAAAAAAAAAGGGCCAUUGCUGCACACUUUGGUUUUUAUUUUAUUCCCUCUAUUCUGGACUCGUUGAAUUUUGAUGUUACUUCAAGGUGUCUGUGCCUCGAGGAACACUUGAAGUGUAUUUAUUUCAUCACACUGUGCUUAUUUCACUGCUGCAUGAUUUAACAACUUCAUCAGUAGUCUGCAGGCAGUUCAUUAAUGGUUUGUCAUAAUGUGCAUAUCUUCUCCCCUUCACUUGGCCGUAAUACCUUGUCUAGCUUUGUUAUUGUGUACUAUGCCAGAUAUGUCAUCCGUGUACUCUUGCAAAAUGCAUUUAUGGUUCUCUCAUCAGAAUAAAGGUAUCUAUGAAAU